CAGCGGCGGCUGCCUCAGCUCCUCAGAGCGCCGGCGGCGGCCUCGGCGGAGUCGGUGUCGGCGGCCGGGGCUGAGCUGUGAGUUUCCGAUCGAGAACAGCGUUGGGGAAGAUGGCGGCGAGCGGAUCAAAAGACUCGCUGAACAGUGGACCCCGAGAUCGGUGAAACUAAGCUCUUACCUGACCUCACUGACCAGGCCGACAGCUGCUGAGCUGUGGUCAGGAUGAGUGGACUGGGUGAAAGUUCCUUGGAUCCACUGGCCACUGAGUCUCGGAAACGCAAAUUGCCCUGUGACGCUCCAGGACAAGGUCUUGUCUACAGUGGUGAAAAGUGGAGACGGGAGCAGGAGAGCAAGUACAUAGAGGAACUGGCCGAGCUGAUAUCUGCAAAUCUUAGUGACAUUGACAACUUCAACGUCAAACCAGACAAAUGUGCCAUUUUAAAGGAGACAGUGAGACAGAUACGCCAAAUAAAAGAACAAGGGAAAACUAUUUCCAGUGACGAUGAUGUUCAGAAAGCUGAUGUGUCUUCUACAGGGCAGGGAGUCAUUGAUAAAGACUCUUUAGGACCGCUUUUACUACAGGCACUGGAUGGCUUUCUGUUUGUGGUGAACCGAGAUGGAAACAUUGUAUUUGUGUCAGAAAAUGUCACACAGUAUCUGCAGUACAAGCAGGAGGACCUGGUUAACACAAGUGUCUACAGCAUCUUACAUGAGCAGGACCGGAAGGACUUUCUUAAACACGUACCAAAAUCCACAGUUAAUGGAGUUUCUUGGACGAAUGAGAACCAGAGACAAAAAAGCCAUACAUUUAAUUGUCGUAUGCUGAUGAAAACACACGAUAUCUUGGAAGACACGAAUGCCAGUCCUGAAACUCGCCAGAGAUAUGAAACAAUGCAGUGCUUCGCCCUGUCUCAGCCUCGCGCUAUGCUGGAAGAAGGGGAAGACUUGCAGUGCUGUAUGAUCUGUGUGGCUCGCCGUGUGACUACAGACCGGCCGUUCCCAUCCAGUCCUGAGAGCUUUAUAACCAGGCACGACCUUUCAGGGAAGGUUGUCAAUAUAGAUACAAACUCACUUAGAUCUUCCAUGAGGCCUGGCUUCGAAGACACAAUCCGAAGGUGUAUCCAGAGGUUCUUCAGUCUGAAUGACGGACAGUCAUGGUCCCAGAAGCGUCACUAUCAGGAAGCUUACAUUCAUGGCCAUGCAGAGACCCCAGUGUAUCGUUUCUCAUUGGCUGAUGGAACUAUUGUGAGUGCUCAGACAAAGAGCAAACUCUUCCGCAAUCCUGUAACGAAUGAUCGUCAUGGCUUCGUCUCGACCCACUUCCUUCAGAGAGAACAGAAUGGAUGUAGACCAAACCCGAAUCCUGUAGGACAAGGCAUCCGACCUCCUGCAGCAGGGUGUGGCAUGAGCCUGUCUCCAAGUCAGAGUGUGCAGAUGCUGGGCAGCCGGACCUACGGCGUGGCCGACCCCAGCAACACAGGGCAGAUGGCUGGAGCUAGGUAUGGGGCUUCUAGUAGUGUAGCCUCGCUGACCCCAGGACAAAGCCUGCAGUCGCCAUCUUCCUACCAGAGCAACAGCUAUGGGCUCAACAUGAGCAGUCCCCCACACGGCAGUCCUGGUCUUGGCCCCAACCAGCAGAACAUCAUGAUUUCUCCUCGUAAUCGUGGGAGCCCAAAGAUGGCCUCACACCAGUUCUCUCCUGCUGCAGGCGUGCACUCGCCCAUGGGCUCUUCUGGCAACACAGGGAGCCACAGCUUUUCUAGCAGCUCCCUCAGUGCCUUGCAAGCCAUCAGCGAAGGUGUGGGAACCUCUCUUUUAUCUACUCUGUCUUCACCAGGCCCCAAAUUGGAUAACUCUCCCAAUAUGAAUAUAAACCAGCCAAGUAAAGCGAGCAGUCAGGAUUCUAAGAGCCCUCUAGGCUUAUACUGUGAACAGAACCCAGUGGAGAGUUCGGUGUGUCCAUCAAACAGCAGGGAUCACCCCAGUGACAAAGAAAACAAGGAGAACAGUGGGGAGGCGUCAGAGACUCCCAGGGGACCCCUGGAAAGCAAAGGCCACAAGAAACUGCUGCAGUUACUCACAUGCUCCUCGGAUGACCGAGGCCAUUCCUCCUUGACCAACUCUCCCCUGGAUUCAAAUUGCAAAGACUCUUCCAUUAGUGUCACCAGCCCCUCUGGAGUGUCGUCCUCGACAUCAGGAGCAGUGUCUUCCACCUCCAAUAUGCAUGGGUCUCUGUUGCAAGAGAAACACCGGAUUUUGCACAAGUUGCUGCAAAAUGGCAACUCACCAGCGGAGGUUGCCAAGAUCACUGCAGAAGCCACUGGGAAAGACACUAGCAGUACUGCUUCCGGUGGAGAAGGGAGUGUCAGGCAGGAGCAGCUGAGUCCUAAGAAGAAGGAGAAUAAUGCCCUUCUUAGAUACCUGCUGGACAGGGACGACCCCAGUGAUGUGCUUGCCAAAGAGCUGCAGCCCCAAGCGGACGGAGGGGACAGUAAACUGAGUCAGUGCAGCUGCUCCACCAAUCCCAGCUCCGGCCAAGAGAAAGACCCGAAAAUUAAGACAGAGGCAAGUGAGGAGGUAUCGGGAGACCUGGAUAACCUAGAUGCUAUUCUUGGAGAUUUGACUAGUUCUGACUUCUACAACAGUCCUACAAAUGGCAGUCACCCAGGGGCCAAACAGCAGAUGUUUGCAGGACCAAGUUCUCUGGGUUUGCGAAGUCCACAGCCUGUGCAGUCUGUGCGCCCUCCAUAUAACCGAGCGCUGUCUCUAGACAGCCCCGUGUCUGUUGGCUCAGUUCCGCCAGUGAAGAAUGUCAGUGCUUUCCCUGUGUUACCAAAACAGCCCAUACUGGCUGGGAAUCCAAGAAUGAUGGAUAGUCAGGAGAAUUACGGUGCCAAUAUGGGUGGACCAAACAGAAACGUUCCUGUGAAUCCGACGUCCUCCUCAGGAGACUGGGGUUUAGCGAACUCAAGGGCCAGCAGAAUGGAGCCUCUGGCUUCAAGUCCCCUGGGAAGAGCUGGAGGAGACUACAGCGCAGCUUUACCAAGACCCGCCUUGGGGAGCUCCGGGCCUACCUUGCCACUUCGUUCUAAUAGACUGCCAGGCGCAAGACCAACGUUGCAGCCUCAGCCGCAGCCGCAGCAGCAACAGCAGCAGCAACAGCAGCAACAGCAGCAGCAGCAGAUGCUUCAAAUGAGAGCUGGUGAGGUUCCCAUGGGAAUGGGCGUCAGUCCCUAUAGCCCAGCAGUGCCAUCUAACCAACCCGGAUCGUGGCCAGAGGGCAUGCUCUCGAUGGAACAAGGUCCUCAUGGGGCUCAAAAUAGGCCUCUUCUUAGAAAUUCCCUGGAUGAGCUGCUCGGGCCGCCUUCUAACCCAGAAGGCCAGAGUGAUGAGAGAGCUCUGCUGGACCAGCUGCACACGCUCCUGAGCAACACGGACGCCACAGGCCUGGAGGAGAUCGACAGGGCCCUGGGAAUUCCCGAGCUUGUGAGUCAGGGACAAGCUUUGGAGUCCAAACAGGAUGUUUUCCAAGGCCAAGAAGCAGCAGUAAUGAUGGAUCAGAAGGCUGCACUGUAUGGACAAACAUACCCAGCUCAGGGUCCUCCACUGCAAGGAGGCUUUCACCUUCAGGGGCAGUCCCCGUCUCUGAACUCUAUGAUGAGUCAGAUUAGCCAGCAAGGCAGUUUUCCUCUCCAAGGCCUGCAUCCUAGAGCCAGCAUGGUGAGACCAAGGACAAACACCCCGAAGCAGCUGAGAAUGCAGCUUCAGCAGCGGCUGCAGGGCCAGCAGUUUUUAAAUCAGAGCCGGCAGGCACUGGAGAUGAAGAUGGAAAGCCCCACUGGUGCUGCUGUGAUGAGGCCCAUGCUGCAGUCCCAGCAGGCUUUCUUUAAUGCCCAAAUGGCAGCCCAGCAGAAACGAGAGCUGAUGAACCAUCACCUGCAGCAGCAGAGGAUGGCGAUGAUGAUGUCACAGCCACAGCCUCAGGCCUUCAGCCCACCUCCCAACGUCACCGCUUCCCCCAGCAUGGACGGGGUCUUGGCAGGCUCAGCAAUGCCACAAGCCCCUCCACAACAGUUUCCGUAUGCGACAAAUUAUGGAAUGGGACAACCGCCAGAGCCAGCCUUUGGUAGGGGCUCUAGUCCUCCCAGUGCAAUGAUGUCAUCAAGAAUGGGGCCUUCCCAGAAUGCCAUGGUGCAGCAUCCCCAGACUGCACCCAUGUAUCAGUCCUCAGAGAUGAAAGGGUGGCCAUCAGGGAACUUGGCCAGGAAUGGCUCUUUUCCCCAACAGCAGUUUGCUCCCCAGGCGAACCCUGCAGCAUACAACAUGGUGCACAUGAACAGCAGUGGUAGUCACUUGGGACAGAUGACCAUGACUCCCAUGCCCAUGUCUGGCAUGCCGAUGGGUCCUGAUCAGAAAUACUGCUGACAUGUCCCUGGUGGGACCGAGAAGGAAAUCACUGUACAGAUGACACUGCACAGGACCAUUGGGACAUAAGGAGUCAUUGUCUAGGCAUCCAGCUUGGAAGCAAGGCCAGCGUGACCACCACCGGGUGUUCCCAAGUGCUGUCAUCUGAGCAGAACUGGGUCUCAAGCUGAAGCGCACUGUCUACCUGAUGCCCUGCCUCUGUGUGGCAUGGUGUUCUGCCUCAUGAGGAUGUGAUCUG